GAGAGAGAGAGAGAGAGAGAGAGAGAGCACACCUCUUUCUCGUGUGUCGCUUCUCCUCCGCCUCCUCCUCGGUGCCCACCUCCUGUCUUAUGAACCAGGGGGGAGCGGUCCGGAUUAGGCUUCUUCCGGCUGUUCCUUGAGCGGAUUCGGCGCUCGAGGUUGUCUAAUCGCUGAUCCUCGGGAAUACUUGUUGUGUCUGAGGUUUAGGGGAAAGUCGAACCUGAGAAUCCCUGUCCUUCCUCCUCCCAUCCCCUCCGGAUCAGAAUUUUGGUUGGUCGGAACAUGGCGGAGCAAAGGUCGGACGCCCCAUUGCUCGGAUCACCUUCCGGCCGACUCCCUGAUUUCAAGCAGUCCGUCAAGCUCAAGUACGUCAAACUUGGCUACCACUACCUCAUCACCCAUGGGAUGUACCUCUUCCUCACACCCCUCGUCUUCCUCGUCGCCGCCCAGCUGUCCACCUUCUCCCUCGACGACCUCCAUGACCUCUGGGACCAUCUCCGCUUCAACCUCGUUUCCGUCAUCCUCUGCUCCACCCUCCUCGUGUUCCUCUCCACCGUCUACUUCCUCACCCGUCCCCGCCCCGUUUAUCUCCUCGACUUCGCUUGCUACAAACCCGAAGACGCCCGGAAAUGCACCAGGCAGCUCUUCAUGGAGCGUUCCAGGACGACGGGCUCGUUCACGGAAGAGAACCUUGAUUUCCAGCGGAGGAUCCUGGAGAGAUCUGGACUUGGCGAAGACACCUACCUCCCAGAGGCCGUCCUCUGCGACCCGCCUAAUCCCUGUAUGGCGGAGGCAAGGAAGGAAGCCAGGGAUGUCAUGUUCGGAGCCAUCGACGAGCUGCUAGCCAAGACCGACGUGAAGCCCAAGGACAUCGGGAUCUUGAUUGUGAAUUGUAGCUUGUUCAAUCCGACACCCUCUCUCUCUGCCAUGGUCGUGAACCAUUACAAGCUCCGGGGAAACGUCGUCAGCUAUAAUCUAGGUGGGAUGGGGUGCAGUGCUGGGCUCAUCUCCAUGGAUCUGGCCAAGAAUCUACUUCAAGUCUACCCCAGUUCCUAUGCCUUGGUGAUCAGCAUGGAGAACAUCACCUUGAACUGGUACUUCGGCAACAACCGCUCCAUGCUCGUUUCCAACUGCUUGUUCCGUAUGGGUGGAGCGGCGAUUCUUCUCUCCAAUAAGAGGUCCGAUCGUGGACGGUCCAAGUACCAACUGGUGCACACCUUUCGAACCCACAAAGGUGCCGACGACAAGUGCUUCGGCUGUGUGACCCAGGAGGAGGAUGGGAACGGAAAAAUUGGUGUUUCUCUCUCGAAAGAUCUAAUGGGAGUCGCCGGUGAUGCACUGAAGACCAACAUAACGACGUUGGGCCCUCUUGUCUUGCCCAUGUCCGAGCAUUUGAUCUUCCUGGCUACCUUGGUGGCGAAGAAGGUUUUCAAGAUGAAGAUAAAGCCUUACAUUCCGGAUUUCAAGCUGGCCUUCGAGCACUUCUGCAUUCACGCCGGAGGAAGGGCCGUCUUGGACGAGCUGGAGAAGAACCUGCAGCUUUCCGAGUGGCACAUGGAGCCUUCGAGGAUGACGCUCUACAGGUUUGGGAACACCUCCAGCAGCUCUCUCUGGUACGAAUUGGCAUAUGCGGAAGGGAAAGGGAGGAUCAAGAAGAGGGACCGAAUCUGGCAAAUAGCAUUUGGUUCCGGGUUCAAGUGUAACAGCGCCGUAUGGAGGGCUUUAAGAACGGUGAAUCCUGGCAAGGAGAAGAAUCCCUGGAUGGAUGAAAUCGACGCGUUCCCAGUCUCGGUGCCCAAGGUGGCGGCCCUUUGAAUCCGCAUCUCAGGUCGAUGGGGGCGUGAAGUUUAGAAUCUGCAAGAGACGGUGGUAAACUGGGAAGGCGCUUUUCAUCGGAGAAGAUGCCCGCUUGCGUGCGUCGUGAUUAUGGAUGGUUUCAAGAUUAGUGUUGUCGGUAUUUGCCAUUGUUUUACGUUGAUCAUGUUGGCUUUUGGUACUGAAUCUUGUCAAAUCACAAAAUGGUCCGACGAGUUGACCACUUUAUUC